UAGUACAACAGACCCCGGAAAAGGGAAGCGGAAGACCCAAAUGUUAAACAGGAGUGAAGUUAGCGAAGUACAGAAUACCUGAAAUUAACGUAUCGGUAACCAGAUGUUUGCGUAUGAAAGAAAUAAUUCAUAAAUGCAACAUUUACAAGUCAUUAAGUGCGUCGUCGAAAAGCGGCAGUUGACGUAAAGCGCGUAGCUAGUAACGUUAACGGUAGUUAACUUAGCUCAGUUUGACAACAAGACGCUGCAACGCCCCUGAUAACUGAUGACAGAGUAUUUAACAACCAGUUUGUGAUGAUUACUAAACGUGUCUUCCAGUGUGUGCCAAAUCGACCCGUGGUUUUUCAUUUCAGUGAACAAAUCUGGAUUUCUGCCCAGUCCCCGCAGUUUCCUGAGAUCUUUGUGAAAUGACCUGAAUUCACUGGUUCCAGCAUCUGAUGACAAUGGCCAGAAUAGCCUGGUAUCAAGAGAAGAUCGGGGCCUAUGAUCAACAAGUCUGGGAGAAAUCUCUGGAGCAGGCGGAUCUAAAUGGUUUGGACAGCAAACCAAAGAAGACGGGUCACAUCAAAUCAGACCUCAUUGACGUUGACUUAGUAAGAGGCUCAACAUUCAGCAAAGCCAAACCACAGAGUCCUUGGACAGCUCUGACUCGGAAGGGUCUGGUCAGAGUGCUGCUGUUCCCGUUCUUCUUCCAGUGGUGGAUCCAGGUGACCUCCAAGUCCAUCUCCACAUGUAUCCUCGUGCUGUAUUUCAUGCAAGUGGCAGCAGUAGUGCUGUAUUUGGAGGUCCCUGGGGCGAGUGCCAGCGAGGUGUUUGGGCCCAUGUGUUUGAUGCUGCUGCUGGGUACCGUGCACUGCCAGAUUGUGUCGACCGAGUCCAGCCGGUGGCCCUCGAGCAGUCCAGCUGCCAGCUGCACCACCAGCCCUGCGCGCAGAAGGAGGCCAAGGAAGGGCAGAGGGCUGAAAAAACCCGAAGAAAAGAAUGACAGCGGGGACACAGAACAGCAGGGGCCCUGGCAGUUUGAAGAAAGCCAGAGAUUAUACAGGAACGAAGAGAGGAGGAACAAAAGAAAGUCAGGAUUUGGGGCCUCCGACGAGCUCUCCAGUGAGGAAGAGGAGGGGGUACAACCAGUGGAAGUAAUUCGUUCAGUACCUCAUCAAGAGAGACACCCUGCUAUGACUUGGCCGACAUCUGCACCAGUGUCUUCUGUUAGGAAGAGAAGUCUAAAGUCUAACCCCAAACCCACAUUAAGACCUCAGGAAGGGAGUGGGGCUUCCAUCAAGGUGAAGCCUCGAGAGGUGGAGCGCCUCAGGCCGAGCGUGGCCUCUCGUCCUGCCUCCGACACUGAUGACACAAUGUGGGAGGAGCUUCUCCAAGGGCCUGACUCCGCCUCCACGGCGAGCAGUGACAGUGAGGGGAACGGGAGGUACAACGCUGGCAUAGCGCUCCCACAAACCACCACUCUGAGCAGUGAUGAUGAGAGCCUACAGCAGGGAAUCCCUGCAAGCCAGCUGUCUUGGUUGCAGGCAUGUCACCCAUCCAAGGACCGUGUCAGUGCCAUAAUAUGGGAGCAGGGCGAGUGUAAGAAAGCAGACAUGUCAGUAUUGGAGAUCAGUGGGAUCAUCCUCACACGGGUGAAGUUAGUUGAGCAGGGUAUGGGUUACCUUGUGCUUGGUGGGCUGAUGACCGCCACCCUGGCGCUGCUUCCCUUUGCCUUCCGCUUGGCUCAGCAUCUGGACAUGUCGAGCCUCAGCUCCCUGUCCCUGACGGAGCUGGUAGAAAUGGCGGUGGGGCCGCCUGAUGCCCAGGCCUACGCCUUCUUCUUGAUCACAAUGGUGCAAAGAGUCUGCCUCAUAGGACUGUUCUUCUUCAUGAUGUGUGUGGCUGAGAGAACGUACAAACAGAGACUCGUAUUUGCCAAGUACUUCAGCCACCUCACUUCAGCUCGCAAGGCCAAGAAAUCUGAGAUCCCUCAUUUCAGGCUGAAGAAAGUCCAGAACAUAAAGAUGUGGUUGUCACUACGCUCUUUUCUCAGGAGACGAGGGCCGCAGCGCUCCGUUGACGUCAUUGUCUCCACUAUCUUCCUUUUAGCGCUCUCCAUUUCAUUCAUCAUUUGUGCCCAGCUUCUGCACAGCCACAACACAUUCCUCGAGUCUCUGACAAACUGGGAGCUGAUGGUGUGGGCCUCCUCCCUCAUCCUCUUUCUGUUACGGCUGGCCACGUUGGGCUCAGAGACCAACUGCAAAUACAGCAACUCCUCAGUGCUGCUCACUGAGCAGAUCAAUUUGUAUCUCAAGAUGGAGAAAAAGCCCAAUAAGAAAGAAGAACUCAAUAUAGUGAAUAACGUUUUGAAACUAGCUACAAAACUGAUGAAGGAGCUGGAUACUCCAUUCAGACUGCUGGGUCUGACUGUGAACCCUCUGAUCUACAACAUUACCAGAGUGGUCAUCCUGUCUGCUGUGUCUGCUGUGGUCAGCGACUUGUUCGGCUUCAACAUCAGACUGUGGAAAAUCAAGUCUUAAUGUGAAAACAGCAAACCACUAACAGCCGGACACUAGAGACCAGAAACUCCCCUUGUCUGCAUCUACAAAAAAAAGUGCAAACCUACUGACAGUUGAGUGAUUGUCUGUGCCUUCCAACUGAAACGUUUGUGUCUUGAGUUUUUUUCACAAGACUGAGAUGCUCCGACAGUCGCUCACACACCGUUACUGGCGGCUCACCUGGUGUGGCAACACACAGUUUCCAUCAGUCACGCUACUAACCCGGUGCCUAACCUUUGACCCUUGAAUGUUCCUCAGUAUGUGGUUAAAUGUAGCGGUGAGUUUAGGUCUGCGAUCAUUUCAGGCUUCUGUGGCAUACAGAUUUCCAAAUGUGUUUUGUACAGAUGUGUGGACACAAAGUGAUAUGUAAAUGAGUUAAAUGCAGACAAUAAUGAAGAUAGUCUUAUUCAUUGAUGUUUCUCAUCAGUAUAUCAGUACAACUAACUGCAAAACAGGCUAUGUGCUAUCUAAAGCCAGUAAAUCAAAAUGGGCGAUGAGCUGUAUUAAAUGAAUUUUCAUAGGACUCAACUUUCAUUUCAACCUUUUGUACUAUUUAAGGAGGAAAUAUUGUGAUUGUCAGUGGGCUUUAUUUAUUUGGGAUUCUGUUUUAGCGCUUAAACUUGUAAUGGUACCUGUGAGUCAUGACUCUUUGACCACAAUCUGUCUUUUGUAUUGAGGACCAUUGUUGAAUAAAAUUACUAUGCAAAGUGGAUUUGGUUGUGAAAAUGUUUGAUAGAGCUGAAUAAAUGCUUUUCAUCCAUUGA